AGAAUGAGUUGGAAAUCGAAGAAAUAAGAGUUCGAGUUGUAUUGUCGAGAUUUAAAUAUUUUCCUUUAGACCAAGAUUACGGCUUGCUUUGCUCGUGGUCCCGAGAGGAUCCUAGUACGGCUUGCUUUGCUUGUGGUCCCAG